AUGAAGCUGUUACUCAUAUUACUCAUAUCGCUGGGAACAGUAAACACUGGAAAAGUGUUAGUCUACAGUCCAUCCAUUAGUCGGAGUCAUUUGAUAUCCAAUGGUCGGAUUGCUGAUGCCCUAGUAGAUGCAGGUCAUGAAGUUGUCAUGUUCAUCCCGGAGUAUGAACCACUUACUGAGUUCACCGGAACCAAGAAAGCUAAAGUCAUUACUUUGAGGAAUUUCACUACAAGGUAUGCUGACUUUGACGAUUUUGGCAAGUUAAUGCUAACAAUUUCAAGAGUAGGAUUCAUGGAAAGACUUGAGUUCGAGAAUACCAUGGCUGAUAUGUGUGAUGAUUUGAUGAAGAGACGUGUUGAUCUAGAACAACUUCGAGACAUCCAAUUUGAUGUCGCGUUUUCUGAACAAAUUGAUUUAUGUGGAGUUGGAGUGAUUAGAUAUCUCGGAAUCAAGAAUCAUCUUUGGAUCUCGACUACUCCAAUCAUGGAUAAUGUUGCGUAUAACUUGGGAAUACCGUCGCCAUCUUCUUAUGUUCCAACUAUUGAAGACAAUGAUAAUUCGGAUAGAAUGAACUUUUGGCAGAGGGCAUUCAAUUUGUAUAUGAGUACCGGAACACAGAUUGUCAACCUAUUAGCAACUGAUAAGACUACGGAGGUCUUCAGGAAAUAUGUUCCAGAUUUUCCCUGUGUUCGGGAAAUCGCAGCAAACUCCUCGCUAUGCUUUGUUAAUUCUGAUGAGGUUCUCGACCUACAAAGACCAACAAUUACUAAAACUAUUUAUGUUGGAGGACUUGGAGUAUCUAACGAAACUAAACCACUGGAUGAGAAAUUUUCAAAAAUAAUGUCAAAAGGAAAAGAGGGUGUCGUCAUCGUUUCACUAGGAUCAAUUGUACCUUUCGGAGACUUUCCUGAACCUGCCAAACAAGGAGUUCUGGAAGCCAUCAAAGAGAUAUCCGACUAUCACUUUCUGAUCAAGAUAGCAAAAAAAGACGAAACUACCAAAACUCUCAUUACUGGAAUUCCCAACAUUGAUUUGGUCACCUGGCUACCUCAAGUUGAUCUUCUCUCUCAUCCUCUUCUGAAAUUAUUUGUUAUGCAUGGAGGAAUCAAUGGUCUUGUCGAAACCGCAUUGAAAGCAGUUCCACAAGUCAUCAUUCCGAUUUUUGCUGAUCAACAGAGAAAUGGGAGAAUGGCUGAAAGAAGAGGAAUAGGAAAGGUUCUUUCGAAGCUUGAAGUUGGAAAAAAGAACUUCAAAGAAUCCGUUUUGACUGUUUUGAAAACUCCAAGUUACAAAAAAAAUGCGAUUCGAAUUGCAAAAAUGAUGAGAGAAAAACCGUUUACUCCAGAAGACAGACUUGUCAGAUGGACUAAUUUUGCAAUUGAUCACGGAGUUUUAGAAGAAUUCCACGUGGAAGGAUCAAGAUUGAGUGGAUUAGUUUAUUAUAAUUUGGAUGUGAUGUUUACCCAGCCAGGAACCAAGAUUGUCUUCAAUGCCCCUUAUGAUGACAAACACACCUACCACAUCAAGGUGAUCAACUCUUCGGCUCGUCGUAUUGGGUAUGGAAUCAAGACAACCAACAUGAAGAGACUUGGAGUCGAUCCACCAUGUGGAGUUCUCGACCCAAAGGAAGCUGUUCUUUUGGCUGUGUCCUGUGAUGCUUUUGCCUUCGGACAGGAGGACACCAACAACGACCGUAUCACCGUCGAAUGGACCAACACUCCAGAUGGUGCUGCCAAGCAGUUCCGUCGUGAAUGGUUCCAAGGAGAUGGAAUGGUCCGUCGUAAGAACUUGCCAAUCGAGUACAACCCAUAG